CCCGUCAGGUCUGUGGAAAUCCCGACUCUGUGCGCGUUCGCGCUGUGGUUUCGGAAGCGCGGCCCCGGCGCCGAUCUGAAGCCGUUCAGUUGUGUCACAGUGCUGUUGGGAGAAAUGUUGGGAACAGACGACCACGGAGAUAUUCGGAGGCGAAACGGGACAGGGAUGAAGCGGCCCUUCAGCCCCGCCCCCGCGCUGGAGAAGGGCCCGCCGGAGCGGGGCGGGGGGGACCCGCCGGGGGGCCCGGAGCAGCGCCUCAAGCGGGAGAAGAAGCACCAGACGUACACGCUGUGCGAGGUGUGCAACAUUCAGCUCAACUCCGCCGCCCAGGCCCAGAUCCACUACAACGGCAAAUCGCACCAGAAGCGUCUCAAGCAGCUCAGCAGCGGCAAGCCGGCCGGCGGCCAAGGUAGCCCUGCUCAGAGCAGCCCGCUGCUGGCCUCCCUGUCUGUCCCAGGACGCCCCCUGCAGCCCCAGCUGGACCUUAAACACUUCCUCCCCUUCAGGCUCAACAGCUCUUCCCCUCUCAGCCUCUUCCCCAACUUCAACACGAUGGACCCCGUGCAGAAAGCUGUGAUCAACCACACAUUUGGGGUGCCCCAGCCCCUCAAGAAGAAACAGAUCAUCUCCUGUAACAUCUGUCAUCUGCGGUUCAACUCCACGAACCAAGCGGAGGCCCACUACAAAGGACACAAGCACACCCGCAAGCUGAAAGCCAUCGAAGCCCAGAAGAACAAGCAGAGGAGCUCGGGCGCCGCGGUGUCGGCCGGGAGGGAGAGGGAGAGGGACCGGGAGAAGAUCAGGGUCCCCGAAACGCUGCCCGCGCUCAUGGAGCGCAGUCUGAUGGACACCACCACUCUGUCCAUGGACCCCGAGUCUGGGAAGGGGAAGGAGACUCCAGGGGGCUUGGUGGUGCUCACACCCGUCUCCGAGGUCUCCUCCCUGGAGCUGGUGGCCCUGGCGGCACCGUCCCCCCAGGUCUCCCUGGCCUCCCAGCUCUCCGAGAGAGUGUCCGAGGCCGGCGCCCCCGACCCCCCCGCGCCCGUCCUCGAGAGCAGCAGCCAGGAGCCCCCCCAGAGCGAGGCCGAACCCCGCGGGGAGGGGGACAAGGACCCCAAAAAGAGCAAGCCCCACCUGCACUGUCCCAUCUGCAAAGUCACAGUCAACUCCGCGUCCCAGCUGGAGGCCCACAACAGCGGAGCCAAACACAAGCUGAUGCUGGAGGGCCAGAGCGCCCAGCCGCGCCGGAGGAGCAAGGUGCUGCUGUCCCGCGCGGCCUGCAAGACCAAGCGGCUGGGGAAUAAGGGCAGCGUGGGCGUGCAGAGCAAGGCCUUCCACUGCGAGGUGUGCGAGAUCUACGUCAACUCGGAGACGCAGCUCAAGCAGCCUCCUGUGUCCUGGCAGAACGUGAGGUGGAGUGGAUAUGCUGGAGGCGCAGUAUCAGCCAUGAAGAAAGUGUUUGGGCGUUGCAACCUGACCUCACUCUCCACCCAGACCAAACUGGCCCUGCAGAAGCAGCUGACCAAGACCCUGACCACAGGAUUCCUGCCGAGCCCACUCAGCCCUGCAGCCCUGUGCACCGUAGCUGCCAAUCCCCUGGCGCUGCGCCACCCGGCGGGCACCGCCACCCUCAUCCAGACCCCCCUGCUGGGACCUGCCCUGUUCCGGCCGGCACCGGGGCCCCUGAGGGCCACACACACCCCUAUCAUGUUCACCCCUUACUAAGCCCAGCACUGUGGCGUUGGACACAACCUUCAGUAGGGGUGAAAUGGAGCUAUGCAGCCAUGGCAAGCUAGGAGCAAACAGUCAUAAAAUCUCCCUCCUAUAAAUAUGUUUAUAUUUAUAUAUAAUACACAUGCAAUGCAUUACCUUGUUAAAAAUAUUUAAGAAAACAAUGAGUUUUGGAGCCAUGUAACCUUUCGGUUUGUUUGU